AUGUGUAAUAUAUCUAAAAGUGCCCUACUUCUACUGUGUAUCCAUCACAUCGCCACGAAGACCAUAAACGAUUAUAAAAUUGAAAGAAAUCUAUUACUAGAGCAAGAGUUGACUUUGCAAGUUGGAGGGAAAAUUACGCUAAACGAAGAUGAGCAAGUUGCUAAUAGCAUAUUGAUGAAACAUAAACACCAACAGCUCAACGAAUCAUUUUAUAAUCCCCAAUAUUUUAACUUCUCGAGGCAUUACUUCACUUACAAGGAUGACAUUAAUAGUUCUAAAGUGUAUCAGAUUAUAAAACAGAUGCCUAAAGGAGGUGCGUUACACAUCCACAGCUCUUUAAUGCUGAGCGCUGACCGUUUACUGGCAUUGACGUAUGAAGAUCAUUUAUACGCUUGUUUUGUGAACGACGAUUUAUAUUUACACUUCUCACUCACCGUCCCCCAGCGGCCUUGUGCGACUAAAUGGGAAUUAAUAAGUAAUCUAAGGAACAAUGCAGAUGACAUCCUCUCUUUUGAUGCCAGUUUGAAACGAUACUUCACUUUAUAUUCUGAAGAUGAGAAAUAUCUACAUCGUGAAAUUAAUAUUGUAUGGGAUAAAUUUAAUAAGGUGUGCCAUAACAUAAAACAGUUAAUUGGAUAUAGGCCGGUGCGGGAAAUUUACCUUUAUGAGGCUUUGAAAGAAUUUUAUGAAGACAAAGUCAUGUAUAUAGAAGUUAGGAGUGGAUUGCAAAAUCUUUAUGAAUUAGAUGGUACUGUUCACGAUUUUAUGUACAUGCCACGUCUUUUCCAUCGUGUAGCCAAAAGAUUCAGAGAAGAACACCCUGAUUUUAUGGGAAUUAAAUUCAUAGUGACGAGAAACCGUGCAAAGAACGAGUCACAAGUGCGCGAGGUUAUUGAAAUAGGUCGUCAAAUACAAAAGGAACUGCCGGAUAUGUUUGCUGGUUUCGAUUUAGUCGGACAGGAGGAUUUGGGCAAGACAUUACUGGAUUUUUUUCCAAUUUUAGAAGAAGCUAAAAAUGAUAUGAAUUUUUAUUUUCAUGGCGGCGAGACGAAUUGGUUCGGUACUCCUACAGACGAAAACUUGGUAGAUGCUAUUAUGUUGGAAUCGAAGAGGAUAGGUCAUGCAUACGGCUUGAUAAAACAUCCCGCAUUGAUGGCAGCUGUGCGGGCAAAAGAUAUUGCGAUUGAAGUGAAUGUAAUAUCAAAUGUUGUUUUAUCGUUGGUAAGUGAUGUGAGAAAUCAUCCUUUAGCUGCAUACUUAGCUUUCGGGCUACCAGUGGUUUUGUCCAGUGAUGAUCCAGGGGCGUGGGGCGCGGACCCUUUGUCCCACGACUUUUAUAUUACUUUCGUAGGUGUUGCAAGCAAACGAGCGGAUUUACGUUUGCUUAAACAAUUAGUUAUUAAUUCUAUUAAAUACAGCGCACUGGACAGUGGGGGAAAAUUAAAAAUGUUUAGACAAUUUCACGAACAAUGGAACCAGUUUAUUACUGACGUCGUUACAACGUACAGA